AUGACCGGGUCAGGAAAGGUAUCUAUGCAGUAUGUUAGGCUUGGGAAUUCUGGCCUCAAGGUGUCAAAGAUCAUCCUCGGAUGUAUGUCUUAUGGGGAUCCGAGCUGGCAGGGGUGGGUCUUGGGUGAGGAAGAGUCGUUUAAGCACAUCAAAGCUGCCUACGAUGCAGGCAUAAAUACCUUCGAUACUGCUAACACAUACUCCAAUGGAGAAUCGGAAGUCGUACUCGGUAAAGCGAUCAAGAAAUUCAACAUUCCGCGGGAAGAGAUCGUCAUUUUGACGAAGGCGAGCUGCAGCAUUGACCAUUUUGUCUACUUUGCUGUUGGCAAGAAACUUGGAGACAACGCGUUGCACGGGUCCGAUGCAGACAGCAAGGGAUACGUAAAUCAAUAUGGGCUCAGUCGAAAGCACAUUUUCGACUCCGUUAAAGCGAGUCUGGAGCGUCUCCAAAUGGAUUAUAUUGAUGUCCUCCAAUGUCACCGAUUUGACUACGAUACCCCAAUCGAGGAGACCAUGCAAGCCCUGCACGACGUCGUCCAAGCUGGAUAUGUUCGCUAUAUCGGCAUGUCGUCCUGUUGGGCCUGGCAAUUCCAAGCUAUGCAAAAUUAUGCGAUCAAUACUAAGCUUACCCCUUUCAUCUCCAUGCAGAACCAUUACAACCUGCUGUACCGAGAAGAGGAACGGGAGAUGUUCCCGACUCUCAAAUACCUUGGCGCUGGCGCCAUUCCAUGGUCACCCCUCGCUCGUGGCCUUCUCGCCCGUCCACUUCAAGGCGGAGAUCAAACUACUCGAGCUGGCAUCGACGACACUUUGAAGGGAUACAAGGUUGCGGAGGGAGGCCAAAAGAUUAUCUCCGCUGUCGAGUCAAUUGCAAAGAAACGCGGAAUUACGAUGGCUCAGGUAGCGCUUGCGUGGAUACUCUCAAGGCCAGGUGUAACUGCUCCUAUUGUGGGAACAACCUCUAUCGCGAAUUUCGAAGAUCUCCUCGGCGCACUCAACGUGAAACUCGAGGAAGAGGAGAUCAAGGAAUUGGAGUCCCCGUAUGAGGCUCAGAACGUAUUCGGCCACUUCUAA